AUGUACCAACCGAGGAUGAGCCAUUCAGGGAGGAACGAACGGAUUCUGGUGUUGGAUGGCGGGCUGGGGACAACACUUGAGGAGCUCUUCCAACGAGAUAUAUUUUCGCCGCUCUGGUCUGCGAAACCGGUUGACGAAGAUCCCGAGGUCAUAAUUAAGGCGCAUCUCGCUUUCCUGCGCGCAGGGGCGGACAUCAUCCUUACCUCUACCUAUCAAUGCGCCUUUGAAACCUUCGCCGCCUCGGGGUAUACAGGAGAAGAUGCCGUGAGGAUCAUGCGCAAGUCAGUCAAGCUCGCACACGAGGCACGAAGCCGGUUUUUUGAAGAACAGAAAGCUGAUGGAAGACGAGAACGAUAUGUCAAGAUUGCACUAUCCCUUGGUCCCUUCGGUGCGACACUGAGUCCCGCACAAGAGUUCGACGGGUUCUAUCCUCCCCCGUACGGCCCGAGCGGCUACUCGGACGCUCCGGGACAGAGCAACACGAACGCGUUCCCGAACACAUCAGAAGGACAUAGACUCAGAGCAGACUCUGUGGAGAGACUGGCAGAGUCUCACCUCGGGAGGCUGCGAGUCUUCGCGGACGACCCGGAGACGUGGGCGAUGAUCGACCUCGUUGCGUUCGAGACCGUACCGCUAAGCAGGGAGGUCAAGGCAAUUCGGAGGGCAGUAGGGAAGCUGCAGAAAGGAUUGGAUGGACGGGGAAUGGAGAUGAAGAAGUGGUGGGUAAGCACCGUCUGGCCAGACGGGCGAUAUCCGGAGGAGCGAGAACCAGGCGGCGAGAGGGUCUCUCCCGGGGAGGUAGUGCACGCACUGCUCAAUGAAUAUAACGCAGAGACCGUGGCCCAGGAAAUACCAAGGCCCUGGGGAGUGGGCAUCAACUGCACCUCGCUCGACCACCUCGCGCCGCUCCUCGCCGAGUUCACCGCCGGGAUCCGACACCUCUAUUCCGACCAUGACGGCGGUGACACAUACGACGUCGUUCGGCGUGUCUGGGUGCCUACGUCGAACGGCAAGGGCGAUGGGUGGGCUGCGAGGCUGUGGGAGCUGGCGAACAUGACUGCUCAAGAGGAGCGUGUAUGGGAUGGCGUCGUGCUAGGCGGAUGUUGCCGCACAGGGCCCGCGGAGAUCGACGCGUUGGUGAGGAGAGUCUUGGACAGUGCAUAG